AUGGAAGGUCAGGCCAGGAGCAGGAGGAGAGCAUUUGCUCGAGAAAGUCAUUGUAAGAGGUAUGGUCGAAGUGAGGGAGUUGUUAUUGCUAGUGGUGGUGGUGUUGUUGUAGUUGUUAUUGUUGGUGGUGGUGGUGUUGGUUGUUGGUGGAGUUAUUUGAAUUUAAAUUAA